AAGUGCGCCUUGAAAACUGCUGACCCGUCUGAUCCGUUGUUGAGCCGUACCACUUCCUCAAUUUCUAAGUAGAGGCACGGCUCUUAUGAUGUACAUAUAUAUAUAUAUAUAUAUACACACCACAAAUUUAUUUAACAAGCUAAUUCUAACUUUCUAAUAAUAACAAUAAAAUAUAACGAGAUUUUUUAAUGAAGAAUGUGAAAGUGCAUAUGAUUCUUUAGCCGUGAAUAUCGCUCUCAUACAGGCUGAUAAAUGCUCAUAACCUUAUGUGUCAAAUGCACACCGACUGGAUGAUCGAAGUCAUCGACAGCAACGAUGAUUUGCAUAAUUUACGGUGUAUGAAUGAGCGUACACGAUCUAUGCGGCACGAUACAUACACUUGGUGAAACGUAGAAGAUGGUGUAUGUCACGCCAACGCGUAUAUUGCAUAAAACCAACAGAAUGACAUACCACUAUCGCAAUAUCGCUGUGAUAUGUUUGUUAUCAUUUACACUGUUUGUCGUAUUACUGUAUGGUGUACUGUUUACAGUAUUAUAUGUUUUCAAAUUUGGCAAUACGCAGAAACAUUCCGAUUAUAUUCCUGUAACACUGAGCGAUAUAAAUGCUCUACCUAUUGAAACCUUAUCCAUGGACUUUGCUGCAGCAGAAGCCACCAAUUCUUCAUGCACCUAUUUCGGUUGUUUCAACGUCUACCGGUGCGGCAGCCAAGGGAACAAGCUUUUGGUAUAUGUUUAUCCACCCAAAAUUUAUUUGGAUUCCAUGGGUAGACCUAUAACAAGCCAAAUGACGAAGGAGUUCUAUCAGAUCCUGAAUGUCAUAAUCAACAGUAAAUUUUACACACCCAAUCCAUAUGAAGCUUGCAUCUUUGUUCCUGCCAUCGAUACACUCAAUCAAAAUAGAUUGAGACUACAGGAAGUAUCUCAAGCACUAGGAUCCUUACCUUUCUGGAACAAAGGAGAGAAUCAUUUGAUUUUCAACAUGGUGCCUGGAAGUGUACCAGAUUAUAACACAGUCAUUGAUGUGCCAAUAGGAAGGUCAAUCAUUGCAGGUGCUGGAAUGUCAUCGUUGACAUACAGACCUGGUUUUGACAUCAGUCUACCAGUCUACAGUCCAUUAGUGAACAAUGUGAAGACAAAUUUGAGUAAUACACGAACAUGGCUGGUGAUAUCUUCACAAAUCAAUAUUAACACUGCCUUUGAACAAGAUCUGAUGAGAGUAAAAACCACGUAUCCAAAGGAUAUUUUGAUAUUGGGACCGUGUUUGCAAUAUAAUCCAAUGAAUAACACGAUACGUUGUAUAGGAGAGGAUAUAUACAAAUAUCCAGAUAUUUUACAUUCGGCAACAUUUUGUUUGAUAAUUCGUGGCGCUAGACUCGCCCAAAGUGCACUUCUGGAUGCAAUGGCAGCUGGGUGCAUACCUGUUAUCAUAGCAGAUUCUCUAACAAUGCCAUUUCACGAUGUGAUUGACUGGACUAGAGCUGCUGUUCUUGUACGUGAAGUUGACAUUUUGUUGAUCAUACAAUUAUUAAAGAAGAUAUCGCAUCAACGUAUCACGGAGAUGCAAGAACAAAACGCAUGGCUCUACGACCGUUAUUUCAGUUCGAUGGAGAAGAUUACGGAAACCACGUUGGAGAUACUCGCGGAUCGUGUGUUUCCGCAUUUAACACGAGACUACACGUAUUGGAAUAUACCAUUUUACAAGGGAAGGACCUCACCGCUUUUUUUACCAGUAACCGCCCCUAAAACGCGCGGUUUCACAGCUGUAAUACUAACGUAUGACAGACUGGAAUUAUUGUUCCUGUUAAUUAAUAAACUCGUCAAGGUACCGAGUUUAUCCAAAGUUUUGGUAAUUUGGAACAAUCAGCAAAAAGAUCCGCCGCAUUCAUCACGAUGGCCAAAAGUCAAUAAACCGUUAAAGGUAAUUCAAACAAAAGAGAAUAAACUAUCCAACCGAUUUUAUCCGUACGAUGAAAUCGAAACCGAAGCAGUAUUGUCGAUAGACGACGAUAUCAUUAUGUUAACUGCUGAUGAAGUGGAAUUUGCAUAUGAGGUAUGGAGAGAAUUUCCAGAUAGGAUCGUUGGCUUUCCAUCGCGCAUACAUAUGUGGGAUAACGGAACCAAUUGUUGGAAAUACGAGAGUGAGUGGACAAACAGUAUCUCCAUGGUUUUAACGGGUGCAGCUUUUCACCAUAAGUAUUGGAACUACAUAUAUACAACAGCUAUGCCCGGUGACAUUAAAGAAUGGGUCGACGAGCAUAUGAAUUGCGAGGACAUCGCGAUGAAUUUUCUCGUAGCGAAUAUUACCGGAAAAGCCCCGAUAAAAGUGACACCAAAAAAGAAAUUCCGAUGUCCCGAGUGUACCAACACUGAAAUGCUGUCCGCGGAUUUGACGCACAUGGUAGAACGUACGCAAUGUAUUAAUAAGUUCUCUUCUAUUUAUGGGACUAUGCCGUUAAAAUCGGUCGAAUUUCGUGCGGAUCCGGUACUCUUCAAGGACGUAUUUCCUGAGAAACUAAAGAGGUUUAACGACAUAGGUAGUUUAUAAUCUUGUAUAUAAAGUUUUGUAUGUAUUG